ACGAAAAUAAAAUUAUUCACGUCAAAACAGCCCUGGUGCGCGGUAGGUAGUUCUCUGCUGCUUUCAUUGUUGAAAAUAUUAUUUCGAUCGACCGCUCACGCUAACUGUAAACAAUAUUUUAAAGAGAACACUUAUUACGAUUGUUUUAGGCAAAUUAAGUAAAAACUAAACAUUUAUAUGCGCAAGAUACCUGUUUAAAUAAAUAUGUUUUUCAUACUAGUGUCGGUGGAGUGAAAAUUUUUAAUUGACUUGAAUAAAAUGGUUGAAAUUUGCUACCUGUGAAGCUGAAUUUUUAAAUUACAACGAUUUUACUCCAGAAUGUCGCUUAAGAAAGAAUCCCGGACGGACGUGCAGUUCCACCUGGCGGCUUUGCGCGGUGACUGCGAUCGUCUGCGACAGCUGCUGGACACUGGGAAGGUUCACAUCGACUCCAGAGAUCGGGACGGCACGACUCCGCUGAUCCUGUCGGCCGCGAUGGGGCACACGGACUGCGUCCGGGAGCUGCUGGCGCAGGGAGCUGAUCCGGCCUGCUGCAGGACGACAGGAACCAGUGCGUUGUUCUUCGCAGCCCAGGGCGGGUUCCUGGACAUCGCGAGGCUGCUGCUGGACGCCGGCGCCGCCAUAGACGCGCCGAGCAUGGACGGUGGUACUCCUUUAUUCGUGGCGUGUCAGUGCGGCCACCUGCCGGUGGUCGAGGAACUUAUACAGCGCGGUGCUAACGUCAACGCUUGUAUGAAGGACAAAGCGUCGUGCCUGUUCAUAGCGGCGCAGAACGGUCAUGCAGAGACGUGCGCGGCGCUGCUGGCGGGCGGCGCGCGUGUGGACGCAGCACGCUGCGACCGCACUGCGCCGCUGUGGAUCGCGGCGCAGUGCGGGCACGACCACGUCGCGCGGCUGCUGCUGGCCGCCGGCGCCGACGUCGACGCGCUCAGACAGGACGGCGCCACGCCGUUGUUCAAGGCGGCGCAAAAGGGGCACGCGGCCGUCGUCGCCGAGUUGCUCAAGUACAAACCCAACCUUGGAUUGUUGCCGAACGGUCAGUCGGCGCUGCAGGGCGCGGCGUCGGCCGACCGGCUGGCGUGCGCGCGGCUGCUGGCGCCGCGCUGCGCGCUGGCGGAGCGCGCGCGCGCACUGCGGGCCGCGCUCGCCGCGCGUCACACUGACGUCGCCGGGUAUCUGCAGGCUCUCGACGGACAGACCAACCACUGUGUACAACAGCUAACUUGACUAUUAUAAGCUUCUGACAAAUGUAAUUAAUUAACCUGUCAAUUAUUUUAAAAAUCUCCUCAAACUGAAACAUAUAAUCUCAAUUGCGCAAUGUAAAAUAUCAUUAUUUUUAUUAAUAACCCUCAAGUAUAUAAUGUAUAGUAUUGCAUCCCUUUUUCCACUAAUAUUAAAUGUUAUAUUAUUUAAGAAUAAACUUAAUACAUAUUUUGUAUGAUGUACACAACUGAUAUACAGCAAACAUAAUAUAGCCAAAUCCGUCAGCUUUAGAUUCACGCCUUAUGCUAAUACCUCACAUAUGUAUAAAUUCAUAUUUAUUCAUACAUUGUAAUCGUACUAACCUAUUACUAAAGAUAUAACAUGAUAUCUACUUCAGACUGUAUAAAAUAUUAUUAAUAUUAAUUGAAUAGUGUUAAACUUUAGCUUAAAUCCAAGGAGCCACCGUCAGGAAUCCGAUUCUCAUGCAAACGAAGUUCACGUAAUAAUUUUUAUCUGUGCUUUGCUGUGCUUUGUAUGCAGAAACUGAACUACACCUUCGGAAUCAAUUGGAGGAAACUGAUGAUGAAAUGAACUUUCGCGUGAGAAUCGAGACCCAGGACUGGAGUCUUACAAUACUAUAAAUAAAAGAAUAGUUGUAAAACUUGUAAUCAUCCGAUUUAUACAAUUUUAACAAAAGAGAAUAGUGAUAUUACAAUGCACCUUGUAUAUGAAUAUUCUCUAAAACUAUUCACCAGCAGUAAAGAUCCAGGCAUUAUAAGACAAUGAAUGAAUAAAUUUAAGUUUAAUCGGUGCUGAUAGUACAUACACACUGUUACUAGUCUUAAUUUAUAAUAGUUUUAGUUCCUUCAGGGUUCAUACAGUGAACUUGAAAAACAGGUUAUAAAAAUUAACAUUUAAUAAAACUGGUGAACUCUAAUGGUCAAUCAAUUAUGUUGUAUUACAAGUAAUUUAAAAAUAACAUUUUAAUCAUAAAAUUAAAUGUCAAUCGUCUUCUAUAGGUGAUAACACCACUGUCAUAGCAAACUUUUUUAAACUUAUUUUAACUCACUAUUGUGUAUACUAAUUUAAAGUAUAACAUAUAUAUCUUAAUAUAAAGCAUUAAAUUAACUGGACGCUAUUUAUUAUAAUUUAAUAUCUUACGCUCAACGUAGACUUAAUUUUAUUGACAUUGAAUCUCAAUAUGAGAUCUCAUCAACUUAGUUUGUGAGAAAUUUAAAUAUAUCCAUCUUCAUUCUCGAUUCGGGUAUUCCUGUCAACAAUGUUGUACUUUAUUAAUGUUACCAAAAUGCAAAUAUUUUCAGUAAAAAAAAAUACAAUGAUUUCUUAUCAUUUUUACCAAAAAACAAAAAUAAGUUUCCUGACAUGAAAAACAAACUUAUUAAGUGUUUUGGACUUGUAAGAAAUAUUACUCGCUCAAAAAGUCGCAAUUUGGAAGCAAAUGCAUAUUUUUUUCAAAUCAAUUAACACAAAUGUUGUAUCUGCCAAUGUUGUAUUUUAAGUAGGGAUUUUUUAUAUAAAAGGUGACAGUGAAUUAUUUGGACUUAGUUGUAGGACAAGCAUUUGUUGAGUUUUAUUUAUUAUAUUAAUAAAAAUGUUUUAACUAA